AUGGCUUUCAAUGUUCAUCUUCUCACUGGGAUUAUACUCAUUCUUAUCUCAGCCACAAUCAUUGUCGAAGCUGCAACGAUGUUCAUUAACGAUGCAUCUCUCAAUCGAAGUAGUUUCCCAGAGGGUUUUAUUUUUGGAACAGGAUCGUCUGCUUACCAGUUCGAAGGUGCAGCUAAUGUUGGUGGCAGAGGCCCCAGUAUAUGGGAUACGUACUCUCAUAUGUAUCCAGAUAAGAUAGUGGACAGAAGUAACGGAGACGUUACCAUCGAUCAAUACCAUCGUUAUAAGGAAGAUGUUGAAAUCAUGAAGGAACUAAACAUGGAUGCUUAUAGAUUCUCAAUCUCUUGGUCCAGAAUACUGCCAAAGGGAAAGGUUAGUGGAGGAGUGAACAAAGAAGGAAUCAACUAUUACAACAACCUCAUCAAUGAGUUGCUAGCCAAAGGUCUGAAACCCUUUGUGACUAUUUUUCAUUGGGACCUUCCUCAAACCUUAGAAGACGAAUAUGGUGGCUUUUUAAGUCCAAAUAUAGUGAAUGAUUUUCAAGACUAUGCAGAGCUUUGUUUUAAAGAAUUUGGAGACAGGGUGAAGCAUUGGAUUACAUUAAAUGAACCAUGGACCUUCAGCAAAUAUGGCUAUGCUGAUGGCAUUUCAGCACCAGGACGAUGUUCACCUUGGCAAAACUUGAAUUGCCCUGCUGGUGAUUCAGCCACUGAACCUUAUAUAGUGGCUCACAAUCAGUUACUUGCUCAUGCAGCUGCUGUCAACAUUUAUAAGACUAAAUAUCAGGCAUCUCAAAAGGGUAUUAUAGGAAUAUCACUACCAUGUCACUGGAUGGUGCCACUCUAUGAUACAGAGUUGGAUCGUGGUGCUGCACAAAGAGCCCUUGAUUUCAUGUUUGGAUGGUUUAUGGAGCCAUUGACAAAAGGAGAUUACCCCAAUUCUAUGCGGUCGUUGGUAGGGAACCGAUUACCAAAGUUCUCUGCAUAUGAAGUGAGGCUUGUAAAAGGGUCCUUUGAUUUUAUUGGAUUAAACUAUUAUACUUGCUACUAUGCCACUGAUGCACCUGAAUUAAGUGAAGCCAGGCCUAGCUACCUCACAGAUUCUCUUGUUAGUCUUACAAGUGAGAGUAAUGGAAUACCUAUUGGUGAAAAGACUACUUCAAAAUGGUUGUUAGUUUGUCCAAAAGGGAUUCAAGAACUGUUGCUCUAUAUUAAAACAAAGUAUAACAACCCUUUGAUCUACAUCACUGAAAAUGGUAUUGAUGAAUUCAAUGAUUCAACACUCUCCCUUGAGGAAGCCCUUGCUGAUGCAUCCAGGAUUGAUUACUAUUAUGAUCAUCUCAAUUAUCUUCAAAUUGCAAUCAAGAAUGGCGUGAACCUAAGAGGAUAUUUUGCAUGGUCAUUACUUGACAGCUUCGAAUGGACUUUAGGUUACAUUUCAAGGUUUGGAUUAAUCUUUGUAGAUUACAGCAACAACCUCAAAAGACAUCCAAAGCUGUCAGCCAUUUGGUUCAGAAAUUUCCUACAACGCAAAGUAGUAACACAUGAUGAUUUACGCUAA